CGCGCGGCCAUCAUCACAGAAUUCGCGCCCGUUACUUCCACGGAUAUUCGAGCACGAUCUUACGUCAAAUUAUUCAACAGCGCCACCGUAUCGCUCAAUCUGGCGAACGUUAAUUUGCGCGAUAAAGGCUCUUUGGUUAAUUCAUUCACGGCUGCUGCUGUACUUCCGCCAAUGUCGUGCUCCUUGUUGUCGGGGUCCUCUAGCACGACCACCAAUGGUAACAUUACCGGCAUCGCUUCAUUUAACUCCGUCUGGUGGGCUUCCUCGAGCGACAUGGUCCGCUUAUCAGCCACAAUCACACCGGCGGAAGUGAUUGGGCAAGCCGUCUCGUUUGUUUCGUCUACAUGGCCCUCGCGAUCUGCUUACGCGUCCUACAUUCUGAAGGACUAUCGACAAACAGGAGAUACUCCCAGUCUGUGGCGAACCGGCUCUGUGACAUGGCCUGGAUCGGAUGAUUGGACUGAUGGGUGGUCUGCAGGCAGCACUGGAUAUGGAGAGCCCUAC